UCCAAAGUUCCGGGGAUUUCCGUGGAUAGAUGCUGCGGUCGAUACUACGGGCGGGGCGACCGAUCCGGGCGGCCGCCGGCGAUGGGCCGGGUGAACUGCUGAGGGCGCGAAUCGGAGAGCGGGAGCGCUGGCGGCGGGGGCGGCGGGACCCGGCCAAGGACGAGUUCUUCGUGCCGGUGCGGGAGUCCGCCAAGUGGCUCGACACACUUACCUGGCCCAUGGCCCUUACUGCCAUCGCCGUCGCCCUCUUCGCCAAGGUUCUCAUGAUGAUUGAUGAAUCUAAGGCCGAAGAGAGAAUGGAGCGCAAAAUACAAAAAGGCCCUAAGGGUCAAGGAACUGUUAGAAUGCUUUCUCGCGAAGAGUGGGAUGCAAUCCAGGAAUUACGGCCAAGAACUCCUUUUGAGUCUAGGUUUGCUCGUCCAAAUGCACGCAUUAGAACUGGAGAGCCAGUAAAGUUGGAGGAUGUUAAAGAUUGGACCAUCGAUGUGUUCAGAGAUGCUUUUACAAGAGCAGAAGAAAGUGUCAAGCGAAAGAAAACCGAUAGCUAGCUUCGUAGCGCACACUGGCUCAUUCGUAGGAGAAUAUGCAGAAAUGAAAGUUACUAAGCGGUUGUAUGGUUCAUCACUGGAUCAACUCCUCCUGGUCCAUGUCAGAUAUGAGAAGUUGAAGAAACCCAUCUGAGGAUGCAUAAUAAAAUUAUCUGGAAUUCCUUAUUGUCCGGCUUGAAGUAGUUGAUGUUCUUUUCCCACAAAUGCAGUUGAUUGUAUUGGCAGGGCAUCUUCUAAUUGAAUUAUGCAUAUAUAUAUAUAUAUGACUACUGAAUGGUGUCAAGUAAUUGGUUGUCAUUUCUUUGAAGUGCCUGCUCGGCUUUAUUGAGAAAAGGCAAAGUUCAAUUACAAUUGCAAUGGGCUUUGGAUAUUAGAAAUUGAUGACUAACACAGGUGUAUUGCUUAUCGUGAUGUUUGGUGACAGUUCAGUUAUGGAAAUUCUGUAUGGUUGAUGUUUCUCUUCA